CGGCCCUAGCCCUCCGUGUCCCCUCUGUGUCCCCUCCACGUCCUCCCGGCAAGAUGCGCUCCUCCCUGGCUCCCGGAGUCUACUUCCUCCGCAACUUCUCCCGGGACAGCUGGUUCCGGGGCUUCAUCCUGCUGAUCACCUUCUUGAUUUACACCUGCUACCACAUGUCCCGGAAGCCCAUCAGUGUGGUCAAGAGCCGCCUGCAUCAGAACUGCUCAGCGCUCAUCCCCCCCGACAAUGACAGCCAUGACCUCAACGACUCCACGUGGUGCAGCUGGGCCCCCUUCGACCAGAGCAACUACAAGGAGCUGCUGGGGGGCGUGGACAAUGCUUUCCUCGUGGCCUACGCCGUCGGCAUGUUCAUCAGUGGGAUUUUUGGGGAGCGGCUCCCACUGCGUUACUACCUGUCGGCGGGGAUGCUUCUCAGUGGCCUCUUCACCUCGCUCCUGGGCCUGGCCUACUUCUGGGACAUCCACGUGCUCUGGUAUUUCGUGCUGGUCCAGAUCUUCAAUGGACUCGCCCAGACCACGGGCUGGCCUGCUGUGGUGGCCUGUGUGGGUCACUGGUUUGGAAAGGGGAAGCGGGGGCUCAUCAUGGGCAUCUGGAACUCUCACACGUCUGUGGGCAAUAUCCUGGGUUCCCUGAUAGCCGGCGUCUGGGUGAACGGGGAUUGGGGGCUGUCCUUCGUGGUGCCCGGCGCCAUCAUCGCCGCCAUGGGUCUCUUCACCUUCCUCUUCCUCAUCGAGUACCCAGAAGACGUGGACUGCACCCCUCCUCAGCACCACGAAGCCCCAGAGGCGAGUCCCACUGGCGCGGAGGAGGGCUGCACGGAGGUGGCGGCAGGAGGCUACAAGGACCCGGGUGCUCAACCCGCCGCCAUCAGCUUCUUCGGGGCGCUUUGCAUCCCGGGCGUGGUGGAAUUCUCGCUGUGUCUGCUCUUCGCCAAGCUGGUCAGCUACACCUUCCUGUACUGGCUGCCACUCUACAUCUUCAACGUGGCUCAAUUCAGCGCCAAGGAGGCUGGUGACCUGUCCACGCUCUUCGACGUUGGCGGCAUCAUAGGUGGCAUCCUGGCAGGGCUCGUCUCCGACUACACCAACGGCCGUGCCACCACCUGUACCGUCAUGCUCAUCCUGGCCGCGCCCCUGAUGUUCCUGUACAACGCUUUUGGCCAGAGAGGGAUAGCCAGCUCUAUAGUCAUGCUCAUCAUCUGCGGGGCGCUGGUCAACGGCCCUUACUCCCUCAUCACCACCGCUGUCUCUGCUGACCUGGGCACCCACGAGAGCCUGAAGGGCAACGCCAAGGCGCUGGCCACGGUCACGGCCAUCAUCGACGGCACUGGCUCCAUCGGAGCGGCCCUGGGACCCCUGUUGGCUGGCCUCAUUUCCCCCACGGGCUGGAACAAUGUCUUCUACAUGCUCAUCUCGGCCGAUGUGCUGGCCUGUUUGUUCCUCUGCCGGCUGGUGUACAAGGAGAUCGUGGCCUGGCGGACGUCCCUGAGCAGAGAUGGAGGGUAUAAAGAAAUAUGAGGCCCCUGAUGGAAGAGAAGGUGGGGAGACCCGAAGGGGACCCGGUGUUCCCCUGGGCAGGACAGUGCACUCGCCCAGGCUGAGGCCGGGCCUCUGACAGGCCCCAGGACUGGCCCCAGGCAGGACUUUGGUGGGGACACUCUGGCGGAAGAACCAGGACUCACCGACGCGGGGCCUGGGAUGAGGUCCAGC